AUGGGCGGGGGCGCCACGCCUUCGCCGCCUUUUCGGCAACCGAGGGCCAGCGCGGCUCUUCCAACCGGACGGACGGCGCGCGGAUCUGGGGCGGCGACACGAAUGGGCGGCGCGCGCACAAUGGCCCGUGAAUCGGCGUCGGGGGGGGACGAGGGCGGCGGCGCGGCGGGCGAGGCGGGGCCGGAGGGCGGCGACGGCGAGGGCCGCGCGCGCGCCUUCCGCAGCCUGCCGCGGGGCAGUCUGGGCCCGCGCAUCGCGUCGCUGGCUGCCAGCGCCACGGGGUCGCUGCGCCGGGGCUGGCGCGCGUCCCUGGGCAGCCCGCCCCCGGGCCCCGACGCGCCCGACGAGGCGGCGGGGCAGCCCGUGGCCGCGCCCCGCGCCACCGGAGCUGCCGGAGGUGGUGGCCGCCCGCGCCGCAGAACGCUCAGUUGUAGCUCACGCUUGAGCCCCUUGCGGCUGCCAUAUCGCGUGAAGGUGAGUUGGGUGCGGUGGGUUGCAGAGCGGCUGGGCGAGGCGCAGCUGGUGCUGGAGUCGCUGCGGUUCGCGCUGGCCGCCGGCGAGGCGGCGUACAACGCGGAGCUGGCGCCCCUGGCGGCGCUCGCCAAGCGCUGCGUGGGCUGGCCGCACCCCACGCCCGCCUACGCGCGCCGCACGCUCGCCUCCGUGCUCGAGAAGGUGAAGAAAUGUUCUGAUGGUGCACUAUCUGACAUGGAACAAAUGUGGCAAAAAAGACUGACCUUUGAUGGUAUUCUGGGUGUUCUUCAAAAGUAUAUGGACAAGUUUGAUAUUUUCAUCACAUAUACCAGUCAUCUCCAUGAAUUAUCAAGUGUUAUUAGUGGAGCAAAGAUUAAAAAGUCUGAGGUGGAAGCCCAAGCUUAUAGUAACUUGUAUGAUCUGGAAAGAGUGUACUUGCCACUACUUCACCUCACUGUUAUUCGCAAAAUUUUACAACAGAUGAGAGGUGUGUUGGAAGUCACCAACAGUCAUUUAGAUCACUUCCAUUGCAAGCGAACCUUGUCAAGAAUUACUGAGGUUUUAGAAGACUGCUACAAAGUUCUUGCAUCUUCAUCAGAUGCAUCAUUUGUCAGUGCACUAGACAAAAAAUUAAAUGAGUGUUGUGAUGCAUGUACUCGAGUUACCUUCCCUGAAGUGUUUAAGAAACAAAACGUGAACUCAACUAGCAGUAUUCCAAAGUCCUCAUGUGUGAACAAAGAAAAUGAACUAAAGCAAAAGCUUACUGCAGUAGCUUCACCAUCUUCCAGGGAUCUUUUCAGUACAAAAUCGAGAAAUAGAGUAAAAUCCCCCGAACAGCAGAGAAAAAGUGCUUCCAAGGGAACGGUGUUAAGUAUUAAACUUAAUAGUGCUAUUAAUGUACAAGGUGGUUAUGAGAGUGGAAAACCAGAGACUUCAAAUGUGAAUAAUGGAUCACAGGCCUUACCACAUAGACAUGCAUUUAGGAGUGAAUCUAACCUUACCAAUAUAGUCAGUGACAUAGUGCCAAAAUUGCGAACUUCAACACAGAAACCUAAUAAAACAUCUUUAAAUUCCAAAGUAGCAUCCUCAGAGAAACAUAUAAUUAUGAACGCUAAGCGAAUUUCUAUUGUUGAUAUCCCAUUAAAUGACAAUGAACAUUUUCGGAGUAAUGUAAAAGAAAAUUCUAGUAAACAAUUCUCGAAGUCUGAAGAAAAUUUAUUUAAUAAACCUGAAAAUGAAAAUGUAUUGGUAAGAAAAGAGGAUAAAAGGAAGAGUAAUGAAGAUUCCAGCUAUAAAGAAAAAGUUUCAGACAGUAAACUGACAAACUGUGAAAAUCAAGAUAUCUAUGAAGAAAAUGCAACAAAUUCAGAUCACAGCGGUUCAUCAAGGAGUACUUUAUGUGGAGGUUCAAGACAUGAUUCAUCCUCAGAAUGUACUCUAAAUGAGUAUGAUUUAGCUGGGAAUACUGAUUGUGAUUUGGCAGUGAAAGAAAGUUCAGAAAAAUUGAAAAAUGAAAAUAACGAACGAGAUUCUGAGUACUUUGGAUCAUCAUCAGAAUUGUAUUUCAACAAUGAAUUGUACUGCUCAGCAACAAAUGAACUGGUAUGCUGUGAUAAAAAGAAAAUACUAGUAGUCAGUGAUGACACAACAGACAAUAAUUAUGACUAUGUGUACGUAAUGGAUAGUCAGACAAGUGAAUUAGACUGUAAAUGUGCAACAUGUAGUAUGCAAAAAAGAAUGAAUCAUAAACAUUCAGAGGAUGAUGUUGAUGAUGAUUACAAUGUAGUUUUAGCAAAUUCACAUAAUACAAGUGAGUCCCCAAAUGAGUCAAAUAUGAACAGUGAUGUUGAAGAUAACAUUUAUGAAGAUGUGCAAUAUGUUGAUAUGAACUCUCAAGGUCAGUCUGAAGUUACAACUCUCCAGGAUUCUGAUUGUGAUUCUAAUGACAAUUAUGAUGAUAUUGACAUAUAUGUAAAACCAGACUCAGUAUCUAUAAGAUCUUCUUCAGAGCGAAGUAGGUAUUCAUCGGAUAGUGGAAAUCUUGAGGAUGCAUCCCAUGCUUAUUACAAUUCAUUACAAAGUGUUCAAAAAUCCUGUUCUCCUGUGAGUUCUCCGGGCAACCCAGAUGAUCAGCUGGACGACCUACACGAUGAAUCAGAUUCAGCUAUAGAGUCUGGUAGUGACACAGGUCGACUUCAUGGAAGAAGGGUGUGCAGGACACCAAGCAAUGCUAGUCUCUCCCUACAAAACAUGGUGCGCUGGAAAAAUUCUCAGCCUGCAACUCCUUUACGACCUCGGAAAGCACUGCCGCCACUGCCCUUGGAGACCCCUUUUGAGGAUGCUCCUCUCUAUCAAGAAUACUACAGGUCUCCUCCAAGCAAAAAGAAAGCGAAGGAUGACAAACAGUCUGCAGAGGAAGAACGAACAUAUAUGGAGCUAGAGCCUCAGGAACAUGUUUAUGAAGCUCUUGAUGAAUAUUUAAUUGAUUAUCGUGAUAUGAUCCCAUUAACUGACACAUUCAAAAGAAAAGAUAAAAAAGAAAGAACUGAUAGUCGGCGCACACAGUGGCAUGAAACAGAAGAGGUUGUUGAAAGUGGUUUGCUUGAUGGAAUGACUGCUGAACAAAAGAAAUUACAAGAAGCAAAAUUUGAAAUAAUAACAUCUGAAGUUUCUUUUCUGAAAUCUUUAAACAUUCUAGAAAAAUAUUUCAUAAAUAACAGUGAAAUUAAUAGCAAAGAUGUUUUGAGUGAAGAGGACCGUAGAACUCUUUUCAUGCCCAUUGUUCCAGUGAAAGAAACCUCCCAGUGCUUUUUGCAAGACCUAGUCAAAGUUUGGGAAGAUGACAUAUGUCUCAAAAAUUUAGAUCUAGCUGAAGUAUUGCUUAAAUAUGCCAAAGGAAGAUUUCGUGUGUACAUUGCAUAUUGUUCCCGUCAAGUGGAUAUAAAUGAAGUGUUAUCUCAGAUGAGAGAAAAGAAUAAAAGGUUCAUAGAAGUAAUGGAAAAGAUUGAAGCAAAAUCUGUCUGUCAAGCAUUCACCCUUCAGUCUUUUUUAACUCAACCAAUGCAAAGGAUAACAAGAUUUCCUAUGCUUGUCAAUGCAAUUAUAAGGUAUCUGCCUAAAGGAGAUGAAAGUAUUGCUUUGUGGGAAAAGGUUCAUUUGACACUUCAAGCGGUUGUCACAGAAUGCAACGAAGCAGUAAGAAGUGCAGAAAUUACACUUGCCCAUAAGAAAGAAGAUAAGAAGAAAGCAUUUUGGACAAAAUGGGUUAAUAAAUAACCUGAAAAUCUUACUUACAGAAUGAAAUAUUUAUCAAGAAAUUUCAAUUUUCCUGGUCCUGUUUUUAAUGUGGGUCAGUACCACAGUUGGUGUUUAAAUAGUAAAGAAUAUAAGCAAAUACUAAAUUGGAAACUCCUUCAAAAUUUCUACAGAAAUUUGUUUUGUAAAAUAUAUUUUAAUUCUUUUAACAUAUUAUAAAAAUUCAUUCAGAAGAUACAAUGACUUGAUAGACAAUAUUAUGGGUUCAUAUUUAAAAUCCUCCAUUUUUUUGCAGAAAAAUGAGAAAGAUUUGUUGUCAGAAUUAUUAUCUUAUAACAAAUAAUCUGAUGUAGAAAUGUACAACUGCAGUACUUCAUAUAUGCCUGACAAGUUAAUAGUUAAUAGUUUAAAAUUUGUCCUUAGCUGUCUACACAAAAGAUUUUUCUUAUGAUUUUUCUGUAAUUUGUUCAUUACAAAAAGAGCUAUUAUUGUUUCAAAUACAUUUUAUUUCUGUUCUAUUUUUAAAAUAUAUUUGAAGAAAUACAUUAUCUUUACCUAUCAUCUAAUUAAAUAUAUAACAAAGAAAUUAAAUUUGUACAAAGACUUAAGCUGUAUAUAAAGAAAUUCUAAAGGUUUUUGUAUAUUUUGUAUUUAAAUGCUUAAAUGUAAGAAUAUGAAAUACUUUAUUGUUUCUUUCUUUAGUGUUAAUUGCUUAUAUGUUGUGCAAUAUACUUGUAUUAUUUUCAUACCAGUGAACAGAAGUUGUAAUAUCUCCUGAGAGAGGAGUACUAUUAAACAAACAUUCCAACUUCUAUACUACUGCUGGUUAACAUUAACUGACAUGUAAUUAAUAUCUUUUAGUUACCAUACAAGGAAAUACUAUCAUUUACAAGGAAAUAUUACCAAAGAAAACACCAAAUAGGAGGGCAAAUAUUUUCAAAUAUUCGCCCCAAUAAGAAAGAGUUAUGUAUGGUGCAAUUCAGUAUGUAUGAUCUCAGUCAGUAAAACAUAUUUGUAGUUUUAAGAAGUUAUACUUUUGUAAUUAAAAAUAUCUUAUUGACUUA